CAUCAGUUGGCAACAGCUCCUGCAGCAUUCCAUCCAUCCCCUCACCUCAAUGAUUCACUCGUCUCCAAGCUAUAAAAAUGGCCCCCUCAAGAAAGAGAUCCUCCCCCCGAACCCCCCGGAAACAGAAACACAUCAACGCCCGCAAAAUCAGCAAGACUCCUCGAUCCCCCACCUCCAUCCUUGCCCAAGCACGCAAGAACAACCUCAUCAAAGCACUAGGAAUCAGCCCAGCAGGCCAAUCCAAGAGUCAGAAUCGGCAAGCGAAGAAAUACUCCAAAUACAAGCGUGGCGUUCUCCCGGUUUCGUAUGAGCCGUUUGAGCAGAAUUGUUUUGAGAGGGAACCGUUGCCGUCGGGGUAUGUGUUCGUGCCCAAGGGCGAUGUCUACGUCACGAGGCAUUGUCGGAGUAAGACGAGGGAGGCGGGGAAGGUGGUUUAUUUAGUUUAUAAUAACGCCGCAAAACGAACCCUUGGUCUCCGCGUCCCCGCCGAUAUCUACUCAUCCGUCCUGAACUCCGCCGCUGCAACCGCCUCCUCGCGUGCAAACGCCGUGCACCUCCGCGAUGCAAAGGAUUCUUCACGGUCUAGAGAACUCCUCCAGUCGCAAUUCCCGUUAAUGCCGGCAGAAUCGCUAGAGACCAUCCUCGAUCAUGCGUUCCUGAAAGGGUCUGGUCGUGUUGGGCGGACGGGGAUGAAAUCCGAUGAACAUAAGGCAGACCUGGCUGUCGAGGCACAUAUAAGACAUAUGCAUACGUCGUAUGAAGAGCUGUUAAAUGCGGGCGUUGACCGGAGGGAGGCGAGGGAGGCGGUUUGGGAGACGGUCAAGGCUAUUAAGAUGGCUUGGGAGGGGGGCGGGAGGGAGGUUACGCCGCUUACUUUGCGGGGGAGAACGGAGGUGGAUAUGGAUAUGGACAUUAUUGAGGUGGAGGACUAAGAUUGGAAGCUUGUUUUAUACGGUUUGAUGAUUCUGGAUAUGACAUGCCCUACAUACAACACCAGGGGCAUACGGCAGGCCUCAACAGCCUUGCAUUAUGAUUACGAUUCUUACGACUGCAUAGAUUUAGAGCGAUAUCUACGCGAGUACAAUGAUAUAUGAAGAUAUCCAAG